UUGUCCUACCUAUCCGUCGGAGGAAUAUGCUGAUGCUGGACCGAGCGAUGCAAACGGCUGGAGAGAGAGAUGAACCAAACGAUUCGGGAUUGGAUCGAGCGCGACCCGUCCCAUCCCGUCCCGUAGUUCCCCCACCCACCUCCCUCCGCCGGCCGGUAGGCGACGCGCCCCGGAGCUGCUAGCCCCCUCCAAGCUUCCCGGCCCGUCUCCCCUUACCAGCGCGACGAGGGUCCCGGCGGCGACCGGGGUCCGGCAGCCCUAGGGAAUGAACUUGGGACAACAUGCCGAUGACAUGCCGGGUAAUAAUGGUAGUGGCAAGCAGGCUGUUUGGACAACUGCCAUGUCGUCCUUUGUGCUUAAGUUCAUGGCUAACCUAGUGACUAGUGGAACUAGAGCCUCCAACAGUUUCAGGCAAGUUCACCAUAAAAGCUGUGCAAAGGCUUUGAACGAGCGUUUCAAGCUUCAAGUAACUGCUGCUCAGAUUUCUAACCACCUUCGGAAGUGGAAAAGAAUAUGGGGAAGGGUUAACAAGCUCAAGAACUUAAGUGGUGCUCUUUGGGAUGAGCAUACAUGCACCAUUGUGCUUGAUCAGGAGCAUUAUGCCAGUCACGUUAAGGACCACCAUAGUGAUGCAGACUUGUUGAACACUCCGAUUGAGCACUAUCAUCAGAUGGCUACAAUCUGUGGCAACGGUAUGGUUUCAGGUGUAUAUGCUAGCAGGAGUAGCAAUGAGCUUCUUUCCACAGACGUGGCUGAUGAUGAAUUUGAAAAUGAAGAUACCAAUGGGGAGAGUGACCCUCUUACUACAAAUGUGACUGAGAAUGAAAUGGAAAACAGAAAAACUAGUGAAGCGAGUAACCCUCUUGCUAUAGUUGUGAUCGAGAAUGGCAAAACCUGUGAAGAGGCCACAAAAUCUUUUACUAACACUGAUGGAGGAAACUUUGGUGAUCCCUCUGGCAGCUUACCACCACCAAAGAAGGCCAAGAUGUCUCACUUGGAUUUAUCACAACAAUGCGAUGCUCCAGCUAUGCAGCCAGACGUGGGUAUAUCACAUGGAAUGAACUUGGAACAGCAUGCGGAUAACAUUGGGGGUACUAAUGGUGGUGGUGGGCAACUUGUUUGGACAAAUGCCAUGUCAACCUUUGUGCUUCAGUUCUUGACUAACCUAGUGGCCAGUGGAACUAGACCCUCUCAUGUUUUCAAGCAAGUUCAUCUUAAAAGUUGUGCUCAAGCUUUGAGUGAGCAUUUCAGGGUUCAAGUGAAUGCUGCACAGAUUUCUAACCAUCUUAGGAAAUGGAAGAAAAUGUGGAAAAAGGUUAACAUACUCAAGAGUUUAAGUGGCGCUCUUUGGGAUGCGAACACUUACACCAUUGUGCUUGAUCAUGAGCAUUACACAGCUCACGUUAAGGACCACCAUCAUGAUGCCGACUUCUUGAACACUCCAAUUAAGAACUAUCGUGAGAUGGCGUCAAUCUUUGUCAAAGGCAUGGCUUCAUCCAGGCCAGCUAGGAGUAGCAAUGAGUCUCUUGCUAGAGACGUGCUUGAGAAUGGAAUCGAAAACGAAAACGUGAAUGGAGGGACUGACCUUAUUGCUAAAGGAGUUGAAGGGGCCGCAAUGUCUUUUACUAACACUGAUGAAGGAGACAGCGGUGAUUCCUCUGGCAGUUUGCCACCCCCACCCCGACCAAAGAAGGCCAAGGUAAAAAAUGAUGACAGCCUGCUAUGCACGAUGACCCGUGUUCUCGAUCGCCUAGCAGAAGCCAUAGAGAAGUGCAGUAGGAGAGACACUGAUGUCCCCGACGACCUUUGGGCGAACAUGAAGGGCCUCCCGGGGUUUGAACAGGAGCAUCUUGCCCACUACUAUGCUUAUUUGUGCGAGAAUGCUCACGUUGCCAGGGCAUUCGACAAGCUUAGCGUGCCUCACAAAACGAUCUGGGUUAAUAGGUACAUCAAGAACCACCUCUCGGCCUAGUUGGUACCUACAAUGGUAGGGUUGGGCUAUGGUAAUACUUCUCUUGUAGUUUUUUGUAUGAACCAUGACAUAGAAAUGCGGCUGAUCUUUAUAUGCGUGAUCCUGUACAUGCUAGAAGAUGCCAUGGUUUGGUAUGAUAAUUGGAGUUGGAGGAUGUCACAUGCUGAAUGCCUUGUUAAACUGUUAGAUCAGGCAGGCAUGGCAGGAUGAGCCAGGAAGGCAAAGUAAUUUUAUGUUUGAUGUUUUAA